CAUCGUUCGCAACAUUUCUUAAGAACUUAAGAGGCCGACUGCGUUCUCCCGCAAUUUACAAUUAUACAUCGCACCAACCACGCUGCUACCCGCACCCUGCACAAGUUGUCAACAGCUCCAUCCCAGUUACAGGCGCAGCUCCAGCUCCCCACCACUACCUCUACCUCUAGUUACCACCAACACACGACCCGCCAACGCCAAUUCUACAAUUCCACAAUGCUGGAAGUUCCGCUCCGCCUCCGGCGCGCAAUCCACGUCGACAACCUCCCGAUCGUCGUGCGCAUCCUCAAGAACCACCCAAACGCCCUGCCGACGCCCGACAUCCCGGGCAACACCUCGCUCCACCUCGCCGCCAGUUGGGGCCGGCUGAACAUAACCAAGUUCCUGGUCGAGCGCGAGGGCGUCGCCGCGAUCAGCAGGCGCAACAACGACGGCGAUACGCCGCUGCUGCUGGCGGCCGCCGCGGGUCACGACGAUGUGGUCGCGUACCUUGCCGCGAAGGGCGGGAGAGAAGCCCUCGAUACCAAGAACCGCUUGGGGUUCACGCCGCUGAUGGCGGCGGCCGUGGCAGGCGUCGAUGGCGUCGUCAAUACUCUCCUCGAUUACCUCGCCGACCCCGAGCUGAUCGAUGCUCUCGGAAACACGACGCUGCAUUAUGCGAGUGCCUACGGACACGAGAAGAUUAUGCGAACGCUGGUGGAGAGGGGGGUUACGGUCGACAGACAGAACCGGCAGGGCUGGCGGCCCAUCAGCUACAGCUGUACGUGGGAGGCCGAGAGAUUUUUCGAGCAGUUGAUCCAGGAGCGGGAGGUUAGAUAUUUGCAGGCUGGAGCCAGUGGGGUACAGGGCGAGAGGGAGAGGGAGCGGGUGAGGGCGCCGACACCAGUGCCCGCAAGGAGCGAUUGGCCUAUUCCUGCCGCUGCAAUUCCGCCGGUAGCCGUGCCUGCAACGGUGAUGGAGGUGGUGGGUGGGAGGCCGAGGGCCAGUAGUGGCAGUUAAGGAGGGUUCUCUUUGAGGUGAUUGAAAAGCUUCGUUUUCGACGGA